UAGCAGGGCAACCAGUGUAAUACAUUGAGAGAAGCUAUGUUUGCAGCUCGACAAAGAUGCUUUAGCCUAAAAGAUAUAAUAUUUAAAUUCACUGAUCAGCAACUCAUGUCUUCAAACCAAGGGAGGCCGAAGUCAAUAUGCCACAUGACAUUUUCUACUGAGUUCAAUCAUAAAGAUGGUAGCAAUCUUCCUCGUUAUAAGCCAACUAAAUUUGAUAAGAAAAUUCUGAUGUGGACUGGACGUUUCAGGUCUCAAGAGGAUAUUCCACCAACAAUCUCAAUUGAGAUGAUGGCGAGAGCUAGAAACAAAGCACGGAUUAAGGCCUGUUACAUCAUGAUUGGACUCACUAUCGUAGCUUGCUUUGCUGUGAUUGUGUCGGGUAAGAAGGCUGCAGCCCGUCAGGAGUCAUUAACAAGCCUGAACCUAGCAAAGAAGGCAAAAUGGCGCCAAGAAGCAAGAGACAAAUCAACUGAUUUAAUAGACGAAAACAAGAAGUAAACUAAACCAUUCAAAAACAAAACAUUAUUUUAGCAGCUGCCUGUAUGAGCCUGUGCGUACAGCAACUGAAUAUAUAUUUUAGGGUAUAUAGAAAGAAAAAUAAAUAGCUGAGUUUGCACACGUUUAUUCACCAUACACUGAUUCUGUCCUGCAGAUGUCACUUUCUGACAGUAGGUGUGAGAAGUCCACAUACUUAUAAAGAACCUUUACAAGAGGAAUCAUAGGGGUUGCAGUC